CAUAUAUCAAGAAAACUCGCGUUCAACUUCUUAAAUACUCAAAAAAACGCGUUUAAUUUUUUUUUGGGUUAUAUUUUUAAGUUGUGUUUAAAGGACGUAGAAAGUCUCUAAAAUGUACACGCGCGCGCACGCGGUCACACAAUUCUGUGGUAGCGAAGAGGGAGUCAAGAAUGGAGGAAUGAUUCCAAACGCACCGCAUUUUUUGAUCACUACAACAUACAGUAUAGUCAAACUGAGAACAAAAAAGAAAAAAAUCCACAGUGUCAGAUCUUUACAGUUGGUUGCCAUGCGUGCGCGCAGGCGCGUGGGAACUCCCGACCGGCUCAGAGAAGAGAGAGAAGAGACGAGCUGUGUGGUGCGUGUGCGUGCGUGCGCGCGGAUGCUUUCCCGUGCGCGUGGUGGCAAGACGGGGCGGACAUGUUCCGGAAUUGGCACUUGGCUGACGUGCAGGCGGUGACGGGUGCCCUAAUGUGGCUACUGUGCGCGCUGCUGACGCUGGCGCUGACUCGCCUACUGUGGAAUUUCCGAUGGAGGCUGACCAGGGACCCAAGAAACCCGCUGCCCCUGCCCCAAGGCUCCAUGGGCUGGCCUCUGGUCGGGGAGACCCUGCACUGGCUCGUUGAGGGCUCCGACUUCCACGUGUGUCGCAGGCGGCGUCACGGCAACGUGUUCAAGACGCACCUCCUGGGCAAGCCCGUCAUCCGGGUGACGGGCGCAGAAAACAUCCGCAAGAUCUUGAUGGGCGAGCACAGCCUGGUGCACACGCAAUGGCCGCGAAGCACGCGCAUCAUCCUGGGACCUAACACGCUCGUCAACUCCACCGGCGACGCCCACAAGAGCAAGAGGAAGGUGCUGGCUAAGGUGUUCAGCAGAGGCGCUCUGGAGUCCUACUUGCCGCGCCUGCAGGCGCUGGUGCGCCGCCAAGUGGGCGAGUGGUGUGCGCGGCCUGAUGCUGUGGACGUGUAUGCCGCCGCCAAGUCAUUGACCUUCCGCAUCGCUGUAAGUGUCCUGCUGGGUCUGCAGCUGGAUGAGGAGCAAGUGCUCUACCUGGGCGCCGUCUUUGAGCAGCUGAUGGACAAUCUCUUCUCGCUCCCUGUGGACGUGCCGCUCAGCGGCCUUCGAAAGGGGAUCAAAGCCCGAGAGAUUUUACACGCCCACAUGGAGGAUAUCAUCGCUGAGAAGAUGGAGCAGCAGCAGCCCCGCGAACAUCUGGACGCCUUUGACUUCAUGUUGGCCAGUGCCAAGGAGCACGGCCACAACCUCAGUAUUCAGGAGCUCAAGGAAACUGCGGUGGAGUUGAUCUUCGCCGCUCACUAUACCACGGCCAGCGCGUCGACGUCCCUCCUGCUGCAGCUCCUCAGCCACCCGACGGCCGUGCGACGCCUGCAAGCCGAGCUAGACUCUGAAGGCCUCACAAGCCUCACAGACGUUGGUGGAUGUCCUCGGGCUAACUUGAGCCUGGACAAGCUGAGCCGGCUGCGCUACUUGGAUUGUGUCAUCAAAGAGGUUCUUCGCUUCCUGCCGCCAGUUUCCGGAGGGUACCGGACCGCCCUGCGGACUUUUGAGUUGGACGGCUACCAGGUCCCCAAAGGCUGGAGCAUCAUGUACAGCAUCAGGGACACGCACGAGACCGCCGGCGUCUUCCAAGCUCCGGAACUCUUUGAUCCGGAUCGCUUUGGGCCGGACCGCGAGGAGAACCGCUUGUCCCGCUUCAGCUACGUGCCCUUUGGCGGCGGUGUGCGCAGCUGCGUGGGCAAAGAGCUGGCCCAGAUGGUCCUCAAGACGCUGGCUGUGGAGCUGGUGGCCACAUGCAAGUGGACCCUGGCCACCCGGGACUUGCCCAAAAUGCAGACCGUGCCCAUUGUGCACCCCGUCGACGGGCUGCACGUGCGCUUCACACAAAACCAGCGGCUUGGUUAGAAAAGACGGGAUGGCGCUCGGUCGGUCCUCCCACGCUCGUGUCGGUGGCCGAGUUCCACUUUUACACUUGGGCCUUCUCAGACUCUGAAGACUCUCGUGCGGAACACAUUCAAAAGCUGAGGCCGACAUGCGGCGCCACCUGAUACAGACGCAGUCGUUCCUGCUAAAGCACACCGGAACCCGAUGAAGAUCUAGCUGGUACUGACAUUAACUUCCAAUUCGGAGUGCGGCAUAACGCGGAGCGAUGGCGGCAUCAGCUGGCCGGCCCGGCACUGGCACAAGCACGCACGCGCGGACACACACGCACACACUUUAGUGUCCCAUAAAGCAAGCUGUGAGGAACAUUGCGCUCUCGCACAACGUUGUUGCAGUGUGCUAUGCCAUAUGUUGUCCUUGAGUUGCGUUCAUUGAUCGUACGGCGUUGCUUGUCCACAUAAAGUUGUGUUAAAAAAUGCCAACUUGGUGAAUCACAUCAAAUAAAAAUGAAUGGAAGUUUUUACCUUCAA